UGGCGCUGGCAGCAGCCGUGGCGGCCUGAGCGUCAUGCUCCCGGUCCUCGCCGACGGCGGCGCCUGUGGCCUCGGCCAAGGCCUCGAGUCUCUUCCGGGAGUGAGCGCUCAGGCUCCUCUCCUCUGGCCUGGUUAGUCCGGACAGAGAGGAACACUGAGAGAGCGGCUGCCCGCUCCCCGGCACCAUGGCUGGCAUCAUCAAGAAACAGAUCCUGAAGCACCUCUCCAGCGUUCCCUGCUGGCUGUGGUGGAGAUUGGUGUGCUGUGAAUUGCAUAACCACCUAAAUGAGUACCAGAAGAGUCUAAGAGCCACUGGCAACUGACUACUUGCUUUCAUCAGGAAUAGGGAGCUUUUGUCUGAAUUUCCUGCCCUCAGAUUUACCAAAAAUUUAUCUCCUGACAAGAUAAAUCUAAGUACCCUUAAAGGAGAAGGUGAACUGAAGAAUUUGGAGUUAGAUGAAGAGGUGCUACAGAAUAUGUUGGAUUUGCCCACAUGGCUUGCUAUCAACAAAGUUUUUUGUAAUAAAGCGUCCAUUAGGAUCCCAUGGACAAAACUGAAAACACAUCCCAUCUGUUUGUCUUUAGAUAAAGUAAUAAUGGAAAUGAGUACAUGUGAAGAGCCCCGUGCUCCAAAUGGUCCAUCACCAAUUGCAACUGCUUCAGGACAAAGUGAAUAUGGCUUUGCUGAAAAAGUAGUUGAGGGAAUUACUGUUUCUGUAAAUUCUAUUGUCAUCAGAAUAGGAGCAAAAGCCUUCAAUGCAUCCUUUGAACUUUCUCAGCUAAGGAUCUACAGUGUAAAUGCAAACUGGGAACAUGGAGAUUUAAGAUUUACUCGUAUUCAAGAUCCACAGAGAGGAGAGGUUUUGACAUUUAAAGAAAUGAAUUGGCAGAUGAUUCGAAUAGAAGCGGAUGCCACCCAAAGUUCACAUCUUGAAAUUAUGUGUGCUCCUGUUCGAUUAAUAACUAAUCAAUCAAAAAUCAGAGUCACACUUAAAAGAAGAUUAAAAGACUGCAAUGUCAUAGCAACAAAGUUAGUUCUAAUAUUGGAUGAUUUAUUAUGGGUUUUAACGGAUUCUCAGUUGAAGGCUAUGGUACAAUAUGCAAAAUCUCUUAGCGAAGCAAUAGAAAGAUCUACAGAACAGAGGAAAAGUAUGGCUCCUGAACCUACACAGAGCUCUACAGUAGCCCCAUCUACUCAGCAAGUAAAGACACCACAGACUCCAAAUGCUCCUGAUCUGAAUGAUGCAAUUGUGAAACUCUUCAGUGACUUUGAUGUUAAAGAAACCUCCCAUCAUUUAGUGAUUUCUCACCUAGAUCUUCACAUUUGUGAUGAUAUUCAUGCGAAAGAAAAAGAAUCAAACAGACGUAUUACUGGAGGUGCUAUGCAACUCUCUUUUACACAGUUGACCAUAGAUUAUUAUCCUUAUCAUAAAGCUGGAGACAGUUGUAGUCACUGGAUGUAUUUUAGUGAUGCAACCAAGACAAAAAAUGGAUGGGCCAAUGAACUGUUACAUGAGUUUGAAUGCAACGUUGAAAUGCUUAAACAGGCUGUAAAGGACCAUAAUGUAGGUUCACCUCCUAAAUCCCCAACACAUGCCUCUCCCCAGCACACACAAACAGAGAAGGAUUCUACUCUGAAAAGCAGUUCUAGAACAUCUUCAGUAUUAUCUCAACAAUCAAAAGCUAAGCUUAUGUCUAGUUCCGUUGUGGUUAGACUUGCAGAUUUCAAUAUAUACCAGGUCUCUACAGCAGAACAAUGUCGUUCUUCCCCUAAAAGUAUGAUUUCCUGCAACAAAAAAUCCUUGUAUCUUCCACAAGAAAUGUCAGCUGUCUACAUAGAAUUCACAGAAUAUUACUAUCCAGAUGGAAAGGAUUUUCCCAUUCCAUCUCCUAACCUGUAUAGCCAGCUGAAUGCACUGCAAUUUACUGUGGAUGAAAGAAGCAUUCUAUGGCUAAAUCAAUUUCUUCUGGACUUAAAACAGAGCCUUAAUCAGUUCAUGACUGUGUACAAGUUGAAUGACUCAAAAUCUGAUGAGCAUGUUGAUAUUCGAGUGGAUGGAUUAAUGCUAAAGAUUGUCAUUCCUUCCGAAAUGAAAUCUGAAUGUCAUCAAGAUCAACCACACACCCUUUCUAUUCAGAGUUCUGAAAUGAUUGCCACAAAUACAAGGCACUGUCCAAACUGUCGACAUUCUGAUCUAGAAGCUCUGUUUCAAGACUUCAAAGAUUGUGAUUUUUUUAGUAAAACUUACACUCGCUUCCCUAAGUCUUCUGACAGUUUUCAUCUUCUACAUCCAAUUUUCCAGAGACAUGCUCAUGAACAAGAUACUAAAAUGCAUGAAGUGUAUAAAGGAAAUAUUACUCCUGAGUUGAAUAAAUAUACUCUUAAAUCUUCUGCUGCCAUGGAUGUUUGGGCAGUACACUUUUCUCAAUUUUGGAUAGAUUAUGAAGGCAUGAAAAGUGGGAAAGGAAGACCAAUAAGUUUUGUAGAUUCGUUCCCUUUAUCUUUCUGGAUUUGUCAACCAACAAGAUAUGCAGAGUCACAAAAAGAGCUGCAGAAUUGUAAUCAAGUAUCUCUAAAUACAUCCCAAAGUGAAUCUAGUGAUCUGGCUGGCCGACUGAAGCGGAAGAAGCUCUUGAAAGAGUAUUAUAGUACAGAAUCUGAGCCCUUGACAGAUGGUGGUCAGAAACCUUCAUCAGAUACAUUUAUAAGCUUUUCCUCUUCAUCAUCAGAUGCAGAUAUUCAUGUCUUGGUUCAUGUUCAUAAACAUGUUAGUUUGCAGAUCAAUCACUACCAAUAUCUGCUGCUACUUUUCCUACAUGAAUCACUUAUUCUCCUUUCAGAUAACUUAAGGAAAGAUGUGGAAGCUGUGACUGGCAGUCCUGCUAGCCAGACAUCUGUUUGUAUUGGUGUUUUACUUAAAAGUGCAGAACUAGCUCUCUUGCUACAUCCAGUGGAUCAUGUCAAUACUCUUAAGUCACCUCUUUCUGAAAGUGUGAGCCCAAUGGUUCCUGAUUACUUGCCUACAGAAAAUGGAGAAUUUUUAUCUUCCAAAAGAAAACAAUUUAGUAGUGGUAUAAAUCAAAUAAGAAGUGUAACUGUUAAUCAUAUGUCAGACAACAGGUCUAUGAGUGUUGAUCUUAGUCAUGUCCCUUUAAAGGAUUCUUUGCUUUUUAAAUCAGCUAGUGAUACAAAUCUGCAGAAAGGUACUUCUUUUCUGGAGUAUUUAUCAGAUAAGCAUUUAGGGAAAAUAAGUGAAGAUGAAAGUAGUGGACUGACUUACAAGAGUGGCUCAGGAGAAAUUGGAUUACAAAUAAGUGACAGAAAGGAUUCAUCUCAUGCAGAUUCAAGUAAUGUCUUAAACUACAGGGAAGGAUCAAAAAUGCCAUCAUUUGGUAAUGACAGUAAUCAAAACAUGCUUUCAAAUAAUUUAACUAAUAAAGGAAAUGAAACCAUAGAGUCCAUCUUCAAAGCUGAAGAUUUGCUUCCAGAAGCAUCUUCACUCCCUGAUAGCCUGGAAAUGAGUAAAGAAGAAGGAUCCACAGUUAGAACACUUAAACCUCAGUCAUCUUUAAGUGGAAAGCCUAAGGAACGUUGCCCACCCAACCAGGUUCCACUCUGUGUUUCUUAUAAGAACAUGAAAAGAAGCUCCUCCCAAAUCUCCUUGGAUACUAUUUCAAUUGACAGCAUGAUACUGGAAGAACAGUUGUUAGAAAGUGAUGGAAGUGAUAGUCAGAUAUUUUUGGAAAAAGGUAAAGCAGAGAAGUUUAAAUUUUAUUAUAUAUUUAAAUAGCUUUAUUUUAUUUAUACACACGCCCCUACACUACC